GGAAGAUAAGAUAAGGCAAGGAAUACGUUUAAAUUAACACUAAACUUUUUCAUUUUGUAUUUUGGAGGAUCAUUACUCAUUGAUACACAUUGUUUGGAGCAGGUAAAGAAACAAUGAUGGAUGACUGAUUUGUUUAUGAAACGCACAAUUUAUGCACAGAUUUUUCCAUACGCAUACGUGAAUGAAGCCGAAACUGCUCUCCACCAAUAGUUUACCAAAUAACUUUCCUCUCUGAAUAAGAAUUCAUGGUUUCUUGGAAGAGAAGACCAAGAUAAAUGGGGUUGAAAAAAAUGUCUGUAUUUUGUGCUGUUUUCUUUUGCAGUUCCCUUGAUGCUCCUGAUCACUUCAGUAGUUUCUGGAACCCUCCCACUGGUCCUGCUGGUCUUGUUGGUGGUCUGGUUGGUCCACAGAAAAGCCCGGCAAUCUAGAGCAAAGGUCCAGACUGAGAUGGCUAUCAGGAACACUUAUGAAGUCUCUGAGGAGAACGAGGAACAGCAGGUAUAUAUGAACUUUGAACCACUGUACUAUAAGGACAGGCAAAAGAAGAAACCAAUGCAGAUGGAGGAAAAGAGGAGUGAUGAAGAUCCCAGCACUGAGGGAGAGAAUACCGCUGAAGGUUUUGAUAAUGUAAGAACUGAUAUGUUUGAUAAUGAUGAACAGGAAGAGGUGUAUGAAGACUGCCUUGCACUAAACAAAGAAGGUAAGGAUGAAAAAAACAAUGAGAGCGAAGACGACUACAUAGAUAUGGGUGAGCCAUCUUCAGGACAUGAUACUGACAUUUAUGUAGAAGGAGAAUACGGCAAUGAAGAGGAAGCAGUGUAUGAAGACACCGCUGCUGUUAAUGAAGCUAAAGCAGAACAAAGCAGGAAUUUUAAAGCCUACAAACUUAACUACGAAGAUGCGGACCAGUCACUUCCUGAAGGUGAUCUUGACAAUUAUGGAGAAGAGGAGGAUAUUUAUCAAAACUUUUAG